UGAUCCAAGUUUAUGCUCUUAAAAACAUUUUAUGUUUUGAAUUGAUAUUGACGUAUUUAAAUGUAAUUACUUUUAAUAUAAACGUUUUGAAAACAAAUUGAACCGUUUUGUGAAGUACUUUAAAGGUGCAUUUAAACAUGGAUGGCGACGUCAACAGGAAAAAAACAACAGUUGUCCCCCUUAUUUUAAAAGAUACUUCAUAAUUUUAAGGUUAUUUAAAGUGUUUUAAUAAACAAAGUAACAGGAUAAACAUAAUAUUAGGUUAGUGCCGUGGAUGGAGGAAGUUUAAAUCGUGCAAGGCGGUGAAAAUUAUCGGGUGUGUGAUGGAGAUUCUCGGUUUGUUGGACAUCCCGGGCUGUCUGCUGGUUCCGGUCGGCCUGAUAAUGGCCCUCUGCCUAUACAGCUGGCACAAACAGAGCUACUUCCGGCGAUUGGGACUGCCCACAAAACCAACCACCCUGAUCCUGGGCGACAUGCCCCUGCAGUUCAAGAAGGGCUUCGGCUACAUCGACGUUGAGAGCAUUCAAAAAUACGGCAAGGUUUUCGGGACGUACCUGGGGAGCUGCCCGUCCCUUGUGGUGGCCGACGCCGAUAUCAUCAAACACAUAAUGGUCAAGGACUUCAGUAACUUCACAGACAGAAAGGCGUUGUUUCCGGUGGGGCGGCAAAUGCACCGGUUGAUGAACCUUGCGGAAGGGAAAUAUUGGCGCCUACUUCGGACCUCCUUCUCCGCAGCAUUUACCAGCGGCAAAAUUAGACCUAUGAGCAGCUACAUCAGCAGAUGUCUGGUGAGAUUGGAGAAGAACGUGGUCAAACAGAAUGAGGAGCAUCCGGAUGGAUUCGAUAUCAACCCAUUGGUGAAAAGUUUUACCAUGGACGUGAUCCUGAACGUGGGCUUCGGUGUCGAGGUGGACGCCCAGAACAACCCUGACAACCCGUACGUCCGGCACGCGUACGGCUUUCUCAAGUUUAGCGGCAAAAACCUCCUCUUCAUCCUCUUUUUGCUGUUUCCGGAGAUAUCUAUGGUGAGCAAGUUCUUCAACUUCAGCUUCAUACCUGAAGAGAGCCGCCAGUUUUUCAGGUCCGCCUCCCGGGCCCUCAUAGAGGAUAGGAGGAGCGAGAAACAGCCAGAGACCCAUCGAGAUUUGCUGCAGCUUCUUAUAGAUGCCAAGGAUAAGAGCGACCAAUCAGACGGAAAUGGAGAACAGUUGACGGACGAGGACAUUAUCGGUAACUCCAAUGUGUUUAUGAUCGCGGGGUUCGACACGACGGCGAGCACUCUCUCCUGGCUGGUGUACGACCUGGUCACACACCCAGACAUACAGGACAAGCUUAUUGCCGAGAUUGACGAGAAACUAGCAGGUGAGGAGCCGAACUACGACAACGUGUUUGGGAUGUCGUACCUUGACAUGGUUGUCAGUGAGACGCUAAGGAUGCACCCAGUCGCGCCAAAAUUAAUCCGGCAGGGCUCACAGCCAAUGGAGAUUUGUGGCGUGCGCAUACCGGAAGGGAUCGAGAUCCACAUCCCGGUGACGACCCUUCACUUCAUGCCCGAAUACUGGGAACAACCGGAAGUGUACAACCCUGAACGGUUUUCGCCGGAGAACAAGGCUAAAAUUGAGCCAUACGCGUACCUUCCCUUCGGCCAGGGACCCCGGAACUGUAUCGGCAUGCGGCUGGCGCUCCUCGAGCUCAAAAUGACCGCCGCCUUCCUCCUCCAGAGGUUCCGCUUCCGGCGCGCACCUGGGCUUAAGGUGCCGAUGCCUAUCGCUACAAUGUUUGUCGUGCGGCCUGGGGCACCGGUGCUCGUUACCGUGGAAACCAGGAACCGGAACUAGCAGUGACACUAACAGAGUGAGGGGGCAGCUGUAAUAAUACUCGUGGAAUAGGCCAACAAUGGAAUGUUAGAAUCAAUUAUAUUUAUAUAAUUGUUAAAACAUUUGGUUACAGCGGGGCGGCGUGGGAGACAAAAAACUACAUUAUUUGUCUGUAAUUCUUUUUUAUCAUAAUUAUACAAUUUAUAUACAUAUUAUAUACAUGUGUGACCUUUUCACUAUGUGCCAUAAUGAACGGAACUUAAAUGAGAUAACGUAUUUUUAAUUGAGCCAGCUAUUUUCUCCCUCUAUGAAUAAUCCAAAUUGUAUCUGUGCAUAAUAAUAAAUAGAGAUAU